AUGGAAUGCUUUCACAAGCCGCACGAGCAACUAAUCGAACUCGAGGAUGCCCUAAAGACGAGGGAGGAGAAGUGGCAACAACGAUCGGUAGAGCAACUGCGAUUGAUAGACAAGAUCUUACGAAUCCUCGAAUCGCCGCGGGGAACCAAGCCAACCACCACCACCGUGGCGACUUCACCACCACCAUCACCCACGGAGGACAUCAACGUCGUUCUUCUAGCGGCAGUCGAAGAAGAAGACAAGUUGGCGUUGCGUCAAUCUGAGGCGGUCAAAACCAAGAGGAAGGCUGACGAAAAGGAGGAUCUAUCGACGAUGUUGACGUCGAAGAAGAAGGAGGCGAUCUUGUGA